AAAUUAUAUUCAAAAUAUAGAUAUCGCAAUCUCGCAAACAGAAUAUAUCGAUAUUUCGAAUAACCGGCAAUUUCAGGGUAACAGUGUAGUGUUUGCCAUUAUUAUUCGAGAACGACUUUGCUGAACAAAACUAAUUGUUGUGUGGAAUAACUGUGUAUGUUGAGAAGUGAAGAUUGUCAAAAUAUCUACCAACUGUGCUGUCAAAUGGUUUUUAUACGAUUUUGAUAAGAAAAGACAAAAACCAGUUCACGAAACGAGAAGAUCAACGAGUUAUUUCGUACAGUGAAAAUGGCUGCAAGUGAACCAGGUUUAUCAUCGUUUUCUAGAGAAGAUAACAAUUGGAGGAAAGAUUUAAUUUUUCAACUUCAAGAGAGGAAUAGGAGACAAACAUAUUGUUUUGCCGAUCUCAUUAGUUUACAUAACAGAUUGUUCGAUAGUGCCAACACAUUACGCGGAGAAAACAUUCAAUUAACAAUAGCAAAUGAAACGCUUCGUCGAACAACAUCUGGUGGAAUUCCUGCGUCGAGUGGAAAUCCUGACCUUGAGGCACGUCUUUUAAAACAAGCAGAGGAAUUAGCAACGUUACAUAAACGAAAAGGAGAGCAUACACAGCAAAUAGUAGAUCUUAAUAAUAAACUGCAAGAAAUGACGAAGGAACUUCAAGCCAAGGAAGCCAGUCUUGCUGAAAGUAUGGAACUCAAUGCCAAGCUACAUUUAGAAGUAACUAGCUGCCUUACAAGAGAAAAGGAAUUGGAGGGCAUUAAUCAAAUGCUGAAAGACGAACAUCAAGCUUUGCAACUUGCUUUUACAUCAUUAGAAGAAAAGCUUAGGAAAACACAGGAAGAAAAUCGUCUAUUAAUAGAACGCUUAAUUAAGUACAAAACUCGAGAUGCAGACAAAGCAAACGAAGAAAAUGACAACUUUAUGAACGAGACUUUUUCCAGUCCGACAGCCUUUUUGAUGCAUACCCUAUCAAAGUUCGGGAAAAGGCAGGCGAGGAUGCAGAAGGAGCUGGCGGACGCUGCUCUUGAUACGCGACCCGUUAGUCCAGAUCGAUCGAGUUUAAAAGAAGGAAUCGCUGAUCUUCCGACCGCAGUACCGACAAAAGUGUCCGUCACGUUUAACGCACACGACGGGGAGGUUUAUGCCGUAAAAUGGUCUCCCGUCGACAGGAUCCUCGCCACCGGUGGAGCCGACAGGAAAGUGAAGCUUUGGAACGUUACAAAAGUUUCCUCAGAGAGCAGAGGUACCCUCGUUGGCAGUAACGCUGGAGUGAUGUCUGUGGAUUUCGACUCAACGGGAACCCUGAUCCUUGGAGCGUCCAAUGACUAUGCCAGCCGGGUGUGGACUGUCAACGAUCUUCGUCUAAAGCACACCCUAACGGGCCACUGCGGGAAGGUGAUGGCGGCGAAGUUUCUUGGCGAACCGUCAAAAGUAGUUACCGGCAGUUACGAUCGUACCCUAAAAAUUUGGGACCUGCGUAGCAAAGCGUGCAUAGAAACUAAAUUCGCCGGUUCCAGUUGCAACGACCUCGUAACUUCUGACGGAGCAGGUUCUACGAUAAUUAGCGGUCACUAUGAUCAAAGAAUUAGGUUCUGGGACACCAGAUCCGAAUCUAGCUCGAACGACAUCUUACUCCAGGGAAAGGUGACAUCGUUAGAUCUGUCUCGUGAUGCAAAUUACCUUUUGAGCUGCGUCAGAGACGACACGCUGAAACUUAUUGACCUACGGAUGAAGAAAAUCAUUGGGUCGUUUAGUGCCGAUGGCUUCAAAGUCGGAUUCGAUUGGACCCGAGCAUCAUUCAGUCCUAACGGUAAAUACAUUGCAGUUGGUUCUUCGGACGGAUCCGUUUUCAUUUGGUCUCUUGUCACAAAUAUGAUCGAGACAGUGUUAAAAAACCAUACGGCCGUGGUGACAGCGGUUUCUUGGCACUCGUACGACAGCUACCUUGCGUCAGUGGACAGGGCAAAAACUGUGACAGUCUGGGGCGACUGUUGAUAGGAUGUUUGAUAGAACGAAUAAUCCCGAAACAGACGAUUGUUUCACGCACGAAGGUCAACACGUUCUAUCGCGACGAAGUGAACAUUUACAGGACUGAAAAAUACAGAUGCGAGUUUACGCGCCACGGUGGUAUCGCAAAGGACACACCGGUGCAGGAUAAUGAAAAUCAGUGGACGGUCGGGGCGCGCAGGAUGCAAAAAGAUACACCAAUUUCGAGACCGCGCGAACCAAAACUAACCGCGACGACGAAACUCGAUCGCGGUGGAGACUGUUUGUACAUAAACAAAAAAAAAACAACUUGCACUGAUUGUUGCUCCAAGGUUGUAAGGAUUUUCAUUUUACUUUCUUUCUUUCUUUCUUUCUAGGGCGAAUGCAUACUUGCGCGCCACGACCGCAUCUCACCACGAGAAAUUGAAGAAAUUACCAUAGUUACUCUUUUGAGAUUCACUAGAUACGCUCCUUCUACUUUGUAAGAGACUGUUUUCGCGCUCCAGUCGUCUGUACUGGUAGACUCGAAUGGCAGGUUGCGAGUAAAAUAUAAAACACGUUGUUUAGUUCGAUCACUUCACAGAAUUUAAUAAAAGUAUUUUUAUCGAGGUGACCUUUUCUCGUAUUUUUAUCAAGCCGUUAUGAAUAUUGCGUGGAAUAUCUCACAGGAAAGAUACUGUUCACUGUUGAGUUUAUUGUGAAAGUGGUUUUUAAGAAAAAUAAGGAUAAGGUGAUUUCUUAUUAAUAAUUGUUAUAUGCUCCUGUUAGAUACUGAAUAGUUUACAAGACAUGUAAUGUUAAAAGCUUUGAACUUUGAGUUGUAAGGAAUGUAUCGUCGACGCACGAGAAGAGUGUGUUUGACUCCAUCCUCUGUUAUCUAUAUAUUAGAGGACUCACAGACGCAUAAGCGGUGCCAUUGUGGAGACUGUCACUCUUUUCAUGCAUUCACUUUAUAUUUCUAUUUGUGCUACAAUCGUUGAGAGAUUUGAAUUUUUAACUGAAGUAAGUAUGAAAUUACCGAGGAACAUUUCAUACAAAUUUCUAAGUGCACACAAUGCCGAUCAAAGUUCACGUUAUUUUACAUAUAAACUAUUUAGACUGUGAAUUAUACAAAAUCUUCUUGUCUUUAUUAGUUAUAAUCGCCACUUUUAUAGACACAUGCGGAGAUCAGCUUGAUAAAAACACUUUUAUAAUCGAAUACAAAGUGACGACUAAUUUUCUACUUAUGAAGAAAAUAAUUGCUUUUCUAUGGCUUGACUUAUAUUAAUUACAAAUCUCAGGUCGCACGUAAUGUUUCUCAUACGUUAGAUACAAUCAGGGUCGAAUUCAAACUUCGUGAGCAUUUGAGGCUACAGGGAUCGCGAGUCCCGAAAUAAUAUUUUCAAAAUGAAUGAACAGAAAAGCAUAAAUCUAAAUAAAGACCAGAAUUUGCUUCAUAACGGAUAUAUUGAGGGCAUCGUGAUUAAAGAAUAUAUGGACAAUUUUUAUGCUCAGUGUAUUUUGCUAAUAUAAUAUUAAUUAGUAUUAAUAUAGGAUAGUUUUUACAGAGUUACAAUCGUUAUUUCAUCAAGUGGUGUUUAAAAGAGAAGACAAUAUUAUAAAAAUGAAUUCUCUGCUAUACUUCUUUAAUCUAUGAAACGUUCCCUUUAUUCCCUAGGACUCCAAGACUGUGUAAAUACGUUCUUUUGCCACAAUGUCUUCGAUAUAGUUUAUUAACAUUUCUGUUCCAUUCAAACCAUCCUUAAAAAAUAUCAUUAACAUUUAAUUUCAAAUAUGGUUUAAAAAGUUUGAAUUAUUUCUGAGUAAAAUCGUAUGAGAGAAAAGAAUACGAAUUUUAGGAUUAUGAUUAUUUUAUAAUACAAUAUUCCAGUAUGAAUUUGUACAUUAAAGAAACUAUUUUAGCGAAAUUUCAGCAAAGUCCUCAGGCAUUGCAAAUAAAUCGUUGCAAUUUGUCUUUAUUCGUCCUAUACUAUCCAGAUAAAUUUUGUUUUAUCUGGGUUUGACCUGUAAUCCCUGAAGUCCAUGGAUUAAUUCGAUCCUGGGUACAAGUAAGUAUAAAAAUUCUGAUAUAAGCCUAAGCCAUAGAGCAUGUUCGUUAAUCGUUGAGGCAACCGUGAAAUCGAGUCUACUCCUUCGUCGUAAGUCUAAUAUAUAGAAUGGCAGCGGAUGUACUCGUUAAACGAAAGAUUCUAACAUUUAUAACGUGUAAACUCCAUUGUACAAGGUUUAGCUGAUCAACGAUAUCGAGUAACGUGUUACAUUGUACCGAGCAUCGUUUUUAUUCCGAUGGAAAUAAACGUUUUGGGUAUUUUAUGCGAGCCAUUUUAGGUCGGACAAUUUUUGAGUGUUCAUCGAACUGCCUGUGCUUAUUAAUAACUGGAGAGAAUGCAAUUCGUACAAAAUCACGGCCCGCUGGGACAAAUUGAAUUUUAGAUAUGGAAAGUGGAUAAAACUUUGACAAAGUAGGCUGGUGCGGCAGUUAUUUCACUAUCGGUACCAAUUCGAUAUAUAAAACAACGUUUACGAUCACUUUUAAAAAUUAAGAGUAAAUGGAAACAAUAUUCGACGGCAUUGGGUCAUUAUUACUUCAUGGAGGACUAAAAUAAAAUGAAUCUUGAAACUUAAAAUUGAAAAAUUAAUAAAAGAAAUUUAUUUUUACAUUUAAUCUGAUUUCAUCGAGACACUAAAACAGGUCCAGGACAAUAAUUCAGGAGUAAUGCACGUGCCUGCCAUCUAACCGAGUAACUAUUUUAUCUACUUUAUUUAUAAUUAAUUUCGAAUGCUCCUUGGACUGAGAAAUCGUCCAUCAGCUCAUUGUAACAUACUUUAUAACUUUUUAAAGAGAAGCGCUAUCGUUCUGCUAAUGCUUCCGUAUCCAUCAGGGAAUGAAAUUAAUAGCAAGUUGCACAUCGUCAAAUAUUUAUCGCAUCGCUCGCACACUUUGUCCAUUUUUUUUUCUAUUAAUAAUUUACCAGAAACGUUUAGCCACAAAGUAAUACCUUUAACGUUGCUAAUCUUCCGUGAAUUUUCGUACGAAUUAUAUUCUCGGGAUCGCCAAUAAAUCCUGCGAAUACGAAAACACGUGCGUUGCGUUUCAUGGUUAUCGUUCAAACAUUGAAUACUCUUUCGAACGUACCUUUUACAUAUUCUUCGUGCUUGGUCAAUUUGCGCACCAAAACGUGAAAAUCGUUCGUCGUCGUACAGCACAACAAUUACGAGCGUGUGCUUUGUAAUAAUUACAGAGCUGAGAUCGAAGGGCUCUAAGCGUAAUUAAGAGAACAAAUUUCGUGGCAAACGACUGCCGGCAAAACGCGAAAUGCCAAUUUGUAUAGCUUCUCAUAUUUUUGAUACGUAUUUUUGUUAAUUCGGGUAGACUGCACGCACAUACGACGCUGGUAUGUACAUCAUAAUCCUGGUAAGAACUUUACAUUACGCGUUUUCAAUUUAAUUCCAUCGAUUCGUGUCCCUACAGGCAGAGUUUUGGUUCUUUUAGAGUCCUUUGUUCUUGAUUUGACGUAAGCUAUGUCGACGCUGCGAUAGAAGUAUACGCGAAAGACAAGUUACGAGUUACGUAUGAUAACGAUGUAUGUGAAUGAAAUCACUGCAGCUAAUAUUUAGUUUAUCGUACAGGAAGGAUCGCAUCAUUAUCGAUAACAUUGUUUUUAGCGAAUAAGUUUUCCGUAGGCUAUAAGGUUAUGAUUGAGCUCGAGACAAGAUCAAAUUCGAUAUGAUUUUUAUCAUUUUUUAUGAUCAAACAUUUUCUACUUCUUUUUUUUCUUUGAUUAAUUUUCUUUAAUAACACACUCUUUGGAUUGCCAUUUGUUCUGUAUAUUCGCCUAAUACGACGUUCUCAUGUUUUUGUUAGAGCCAAUGGGUAUUAGUUGUACCCUUUUUACUUUUUAUGUAAUUCAAUACCGAGUCAGCUUUUAAAGGCAAACUGUUUGCGUCCACCUUCUUACGUAAUUUUUGUUCUCAUUGUACACGCGAUGUAAUCAUAAACCUACGUUUAUAUUCUACUCACACUCUAUGUUAAUGUUCAACAGGAACGUUGUAUACACUGUUCGCACAUGUAAGUAUAUAUAUACAUAUAUAUUAAAUCUUUCCUUCUUAUAUUUUUUAAAA